AUUUGUGGUACCUUGAGAUACCAGAUAUUGGAUGGUAAAAUUGCUCCGAAACCAUUCAUAUUAAUCAGACGCCGAGAAUAGAGACCGUGAAGGUACUCUCGUGUAAUUAACUACUGAGGAAGACAUAAUACUGGUCAAUAAAAUUUCCAAGAUCAAAAUAAACGUACACACAUUGUUGGAAGUAUCUGAUUUCAUUCUAUUUUGGCUCGUUACCGGCGAGAAGAACGAACGAACAAAAUCAACAUGUGAAGCGGCAUACGCUUGUCUCACCAAAGAUGCCGACAUGAGUGACGUCAUCGUCGUUGUUCCUCAAGGUAGAAGACGAAUUCCCACAACUCUGCCGCUUAAUUUCUUGUUGGUUCGUGUUCACCGGCGGCGUCGACAUGAUCGACAUCGUCGUCGUCGCCGCCGUCGUCCUCGUCGUCGGCCACGAUCACCCGAUCGUCGCCGCCGAUCCGGACGUGUGGUUCAACUGCGGCGCCACCAACUACACGGCGAGGAGCGCCUACGAGUCCAACCUCGAGCGAUUGAUUGCUGGGCUGGCCAAGAACGCGUCGACGCCGUCGCUGUUCGGCAAGGGCGCCGCCGGCGCCGCCCCGGACACCGUGUACGGCGUGGCGCUCUGCCGCGGCGACUUACCCAACGCCUCGGCCUGCGGCGACUGCGUCGCCGGCGCGUCCCGGGUGGCGCGGCGGGCGUGCCCGCUCGCCGAAGACGUGGUCGUCGCCGACGACGCCGGCUGCCAGCUCCGGUUCUCCGGCCAUGACAUCCUCAACCGCAGCAGCAACUCUACGACGACGACGACGAACGCGGACGAUGCCAUGGUGCUCAUGAACACGGAGAACAUCACGCAGCCGAUGCUGCCCGGGUGGGACCCCGGCAACGCCGACAGCGUGGCGAUCAUCACCAACAUCAUCAAGGUGCUCGUCCAGGAGACGGCGAGGACGGCGGCGUACAACUCGUCGCCGCCGCCGCCGGCGACGACGACGUACUACGCGACGGGGCGGAUGGACGUCAGCGCCACGUUCCCGACGCUCUACUCCAUGGCUCAGUGCACGCCGGACCUGCGUCCCGGCGGCUGCUGGCGCUGCCUCCAGAGCAUCAACGACAUGACGACGAGGUACUUCGCCGGCCGCCGCGGCGGCCGGAUCCUUGGCCUCUGGUGCAACUUCAGGUACGAGACGUAUCCCUUCUACAAGGGACAGCCGAUGCGGCGCAUCGGCUCGUCGGGCGCCGACGCCGUAGCUCCGGCGGUGGCGGCGAACGCCGUCGCGUCGCCGCCGGGAGAGAAGCACAAGAGGAGGAGGAGGAGGAGCAAAGUCAUGGCCAUGGCCACGAUUUUCCCACUUCUUGGAUCAUUUUGCUGCGUCAUCUUUUGCUUCGGAUUGGUCAGAAGGUACAAGAAAGGUGAAGUGAGCUUGCAGGGUGAUAUGAAUAUGCAGACAGAUGAAGAAGCAUUGGCCUGGGGAAGAGAAGCAUGUAGUUCAGAGUUCACAUCGUUCAAAUUAUCACAAGUGUUAGAUGCUACAAACAACUUCUCUGAAGAUAAUAAGCUUGGGAAAGGAGGAUUUGGCCCGGUAUACAAGGGUCAGUUUUCUGAUGGAUCCGAGAUAGCAGUUAAGAGGCUUGUUGCUUCACAUUCAGGGCAAGGUUUCACAGAGUUCAGAAAUGAAAUCCAACUCAUAGCCAAGCUUCAGCACACAAAUCUGGUUAAGCUCUUGGGAUGUUGCUAUCAAGGAGAGGAGAAAAUACUGAUAUAUGAAUAUUUGCCAAAUAAAAGCUUGGACUUCUUUAUCUUUGAUGAACGAAGAAGAGUUACGCUAAAUUGGAAUAAUCGCCUAGCAAUAAUUGAAGGGAUAGCACAUGGACUUCUUUAUUUGCACAAACAUUCUCGGCUGCGAGUCAUACAUAGAGAUCUUAAAGCAAGCAACAUUCUCCUAGACUGUGAAAUGAAUCCUAAAAUUUCAGACUUUGGGCUUGCGAGAAUAUUCAGCUCGAAUGAUAAAGAAGAAAACACAAAAAGGAUUGUCGGGACAUAUGGUUAUAUGGCUCCUGAGUAUGCUUCGGAGGGACUCUUCUCAAUUAAAUCUGAUGUAUUCAGCUUCGGUGUCCUAAUUCUCGAGAUUGUUAGUGGGAAAAGGAACUCUGGUUUUCAUCAAUGUGGAGAUUUCUUCACCCUACUUGGAUAUGCAUGGCAAUUGUGGAAAGAAUAAAGAUGGGUUGAACUCUUGGAUGCUUCGUUGUCUACUGAAUUGCAUGCAUUUCAGAUGAUGAGAUGCAUUAACAUUGCAUUGCUGUGUGUUCAAGAGAAUGCGGCUGACCGGCCCACAAUGUCAGAUGUGGUUGUGAUGCUAAGCAGCGAGAAUAUGACACUGCCUAAACCCAACCAUCCAGCAUAUUUUCACAUAAGGGUAACAAAGGAAGAGGCAUCCACAGCUCUUGAAUCUCCCAGUCUUAAUGAUGUGACAAUGUCUAUCCUAUGUGGCAGAUAGUUUUUUUUUUUUUGGUUUGUCUCAUAUAUGUUUUUUGUGCGAUUGCUUUGAUUUGAAGGGGAUGUGUUCUAUGUGUCAUGUCUAAUAAUAUUUGUCAAUCAUAGACGAGACAAUUGUCAAUGACUAGCUAGCUUAGUUGCUGCAAAACUUACAUGUCUGCAUAUGAGCUUUUUUUUUCCAGUUUUUGUUUGUUCGUGAACAGAGAGGAUGUAAAAGAAGAAAUUUUGGCCAUACCAAAUCCCAUCUUUAUGCAUCAGUUGGCAAUUCUGAACAACUGAAAAUAAGAUGUUUUAA